AUGCAGAGUGCAACGAAUACUGCAGAUGCGACCACGACUACCCCCAAUGCCCCCACUGCCCUUAGGUCAGAAUCACCAAAUGGCGGCUUCACGCCGCAUGAGGACUUUGACAUCUCCAUUAUCUGGCAAAACUUGGAUGUUCGGAGCGACUUUUCCAUAAUUCGCAAGAAGUCGCGGGGACCGAUUGAGAGGAUCAUGGUCGACUUUGCAAAAGUGCUGGAGAGUGGCCUGUUUGAGGUGGUGAGUGUGAAUGCGAGUAAGCAUCUUUUCUGUGUAACGGUGUACUGUGAAAAGAACAAAGAUGAGGGGGUGUCGGAUGAGAUUUGGAAAGUACUAUAG